GAUGAUGUUGGCGGUGGUGGAGCAGAGCAGUGCGAGCUGCGUGUUCGCUGAGUCCAACCGUUAGCAGCACGAGGAACUGGCAAGCGUCCUGAAACAAUCCGUACCCGCGCGAGAGAGGGACUGCUGCUCUUUCUAGCAUCAUUACUGGCAUCGUCAGAAGCCCCUUAUUUUCGCCCUCCUUUACGCAUGACAAACUGUGGAUCUUACUGGGAUAAAUCAAUAGAAUCGGGCGAGUAGCAGGUGGUUCUGGAAUUUUCCUUUUUCCUUCCAAUUUAUGUUUCUGCCCUUGAUGCUUCUGCACAUCUACUAGAGACAGGUGAACACAGCGGCCGCUGAUUCUGGUUCCGCUCGUGAUGUCGAGCGUGAAGUCGGUGUCAAUGCCGGGUUCGAUGUCUCUUUCGGACCGGGAACAGCCCCCGGGUCACGGACACCAAGGAGGUACCACCACCAGCUCGGUUACCGGUGAACGGAUGGUGUCUUGCUCCGGCUCUAUGGUUCUGCCGGCUGGGCUGCUCAACCCGUCGGUUCCGAUCCGGAAUAUCAAGAUGAAAUUCGCUGUCCUCGUUGGUCUCAUACAGGUCGGCGAGGUUAGCAACAGAGACAUUGUGGAGACUGUUCUCAAUCUACUGGUGGGCGGUGAGUUUGACCUGGAGAUGAACUUCAUCAUUGCGGACGCGGAGAGCAUCAGCUGCAUGGUGGAUCUCCUGGAGCACUGCCAGGUGACGUGCCAGGCGGAGGUCUGGAGCAUGUUCACCGCCAUCCUGAGGAAGAGCGUACGCAACCUGCAGACCAGCACCGAGGUCGGCCUCAUACAGCAGGUCCUAGGCAGGAUGGGAGACGUGGACGACAUGAUUGCAGAUCUCCUGGUGGACAUGUUGGGGGUGUUGGCCAGCUACAGCAUCACAGUACGGGAGCUCAAGCUGCUCUUCAGCAUGCUAAGAGGAGACGGGGGCGUCUGGCCUCGCCAUGCUGUGAAGCUGCUGUCGGUGUUGAGCCAGAUGCCCCAGAGACACGGCCCUGACGCCUUCUUCAACUUCCCUGGACGCAGCGCUGCCGCGAUUGCUUUACCCCCUAUUGCUAAGUGGCCUUACCAGAAUGGUUUCACUGUCAACACCUGGUUUCGCAUGGACCCCCUCAAUAACAUCAACGUGGACAAAGACAAACCCUACCUUUACUGCUUCCGCACCAGUAAAGGGAUAGGCUACUCUGCACACUUUGUAGGCAACUGCCUGAUUGUGACGUCGCUGAAGUCCAAAGGGAAGGGCUUCCAGCACUGUGUGAAGUACGACUUUCAGCCCCGCAAGUGGUACAUGGUCAGCAUCGUCCACAUCUACAACCGCUGGCGCAACAGCGAGAUCCGUUGCUACGUCAAUGGGCAGCUGGUCUCCUACGGCGACAUGGCCUGGCACGUCAACACCAACGAUAGCUAUGACAAGUGCUUCCUGGGCUCCUCUGAGACGGCGGACGCCAACCGCGUGUUCUGUGGCCAGCUGGGCGCCAUCUACGUCUUCAGCGAGGCCCUCAACCCCUCACAGAUAUUCGCCAUUCACCAGCUGGGGGCCGGCUAUAAGAGCACCUUUAAGUUUAAGUCGGAGAGUGACAUCCACCUGGCGGAGCACCAUAAGCAGGUGCUGUACGACGGGAAGCUGGCCAGCAGCAUCUCCUUCACCUACAACGCCAAGGCCACCGACGCCCAGCUGUGUCUGGAGUCCUCACCCCGGGAGAACGCCUCCAUCUUCGUACACUCGCCACACGCACUCAUGCUACAGGACGUGAAAGCGAUAGUGACCCACUCCAUCCACAGUGCCAUCCACUCUAUUGGGGGCAUCCAGGUGCUGUUCCCACUCUUCUCCCAGCUCGACUACCACCAGCAGCAUGAGAGCCAGCUGGACUCCACCGUCUGUGCAACUCUGCUGGCGUUCCUGGUGGAGCUCCUGAAGAGCUCGGUGGCCAUGCAGGAGCAGAUGCUGGGGGGCAAGGGAUUCCUCGUCAUAGGAUACCUGCUGGAGAAGUCGUCGCGGGUGCAUAUCACGCGUGCGGUGCUGGAACAGUUCCUGUCGUUUGCCAAGUACCUGGAUGGCCUGGCCCAUGGGGCGCCGCUCCUCAAACAGCUGUGUGACCACAUCCUCUUCAACUCCGCCAUAUGGAUACACACGCCCGCUAAGGUGCAGCUGUCUCUGUACACGUACCUGUCGUCAGAGUUCAUCGGCACGGCAACCAUCUACAGCACAAUCCGGCGCGUCGGCACAGUGCUGCAGCUGAUGCAUACACUCAAGUACUACUACUGGGCAACCAACCCCACACACACCAGCAACAUCACACCUAAAGGCCUGGAUGGGCCACGGCCAUCCCAGAAGGAGAUACUCUCCCUGCGUUCCUUCAUGCUGCUGUUCCUCAAGCAGCUCAUCCUGAAGGAUCGUGGGGUGAAGGAAGAUGAACUGCAGAGCAUCCUCAACUACCUGCUCACCAUGAACGAGGAUGAGAACCUCCAUGAUGUGCUUCAGCUGCUGGUGGCCCUCAUGUCAGAACACCCUGCCUCCAUGAUCCCCGCCUUCGACCAGAGGAACGGCAUACGUGUGAUCUACAAGCUGCUGGCCUCCAAGAGCGAGGGCAUACGCGUCCAGGCCCUCAAAGGCCUCGGAUACUUCCUCAAACACCUGGGACACAAGAGGAAGGUUGAGAUCAUGCAUACACACAGUCUGUUCACGUUGCUGGGAGAGAGACUGAUGCUGCACACUAACACCAUCACCGUGACCAUCUACAACACACUGUAUGAGAUCCUGACAGAGCAGGUCUGCACUCAGGUGGUGCACAAACCCCAUCAAGACCCAGACUCCACCGUCAAGAUCCAAAACCCUAUGAUCCUGAAGGUGGUGGCCACUCUGCUUAAGAACUCCUCCCCCAGCGCUGAGCUGAUGGAGGUCAGGAGGAGCUUCCUGUCCGACAUGAUCAAACUCUUCAGCAACAGCAGAGAGAACCGACGAUGUCUUCUGCAGUGCUCGGUAUGGCAGGACUGGAUGUUCUCGCUGGGCUACAUCAACCCCAAGAACCCUGAGGAGCAGAAGAUCAUGGAGAUGGUCUACAACAUCUUCCGCAUCCUGCUGUACCACGCCAUCAAGUACGAGUGGGGAGGCUGGCGCGUCUGGGUGGACACUCUCUCCAUUGCACACUCCAAGGUGACAUACGAGGCCCAUAAGGAGUACCUGGCCAAGAUGUAUGAGGAGUACCAGAGGCAGGAGGAGGAGAACAUCAAGAAGGGACGUAAGGGACUGGUCAGCACCAUCUCCGGACUCUCACAGGCGCCCGCUGUGUCCUCCGCCACGUCCUUGGAGCUGGACGACACCUCCCAGACUCAAACGCCCGAGAGCGAGGCAGAGUACGCGGAGAGCGGCACGGAGGCAACCACCAACCUCCACAACCCCCUGGCAGAGGGCAAAGGUGGUGGAGCAGACGUCCCCGCCGGUGGGGUGCGGGUGGAGGUCCACGACCUACUGGUGGACAUCAAGGCGGAAAAGGUGGAGGCCACGGAGGUCAAGCUGGAGGACAUGGACCUGUCUCCGGAGAGCACUCCUGGCCCUGGCGCCACGGCGACCGCCUCCGCCUCCGUCACCGGAGUGGAUGCGUUGCUGAGCAGCGUCGCCUACUCCGCUGCUAUGGAGAAGAUUGGUGGUGUGGCGGGUGGCGUACUCAUGCCUGACGUGGGUAACGGUGGUAACGCUGAUGGUGACAGUGCUGGCUUAGGAGGGAAGGGAACUGGUGGUGGUGGACCUCUGAUCACCCUUGCAGAGGAUGACAAGGUUGGAGCUAAAAGCAUUGCUGCUGGUGUAGGGGCCCAAACAGCCACCAGCAGCACUGGCUUCCUCUUUGGGGAGGUAUCUGCCAUGGCGGUUACCUCUGGUGCAGCCUCAGACUCCACCUCCAAGUUGCUGCCUGAGCUGGGUCCACGGGAUCCACCCCGGGUUUGGACCGGCGCCACGGAUGACCGUGGUCUCCUGACCCACAUGGUAUCUGGUGCUGGUGCUGGUGGUGAUGGUGGUGCCCGCUGUGCCCUAGAGGAAGAGGGCCCAGAGGAAGGAGUAGAGUUCAAGAUGGCAUCCUCCUCCCUGACUGACACAAGCCUGGCUGGAGGAAAAGGGGAGGGAAGCAGCAGUGGUGUUGUCACCACCAGGGCAACGGUUGGCAUGGGGAUGACGGAGGUCACCAUGGAUAUGGAGGGUGAUGCUGCAGCUGCCGCCGCUGUUGCUAAGGGAGGGGCGAGCUCAGCAUCAGCCGAUGCGGGGAGCAGCACCUCGGAUACGGAGAGGUCCGAUGAUGGCAAAGACAAGGAGGCCAAGAGGAUCCAGACCACAGCAACCACACAGAGUCUGCACGGCCGGUCGGGUAUGGAGCGAGAUAUCCGUGUGGAUCUGGGCUUCAGGGGGAUGCCAAUGACGGAAGAGCAGCGGCGUCAGUUCAGUCCGGGUCCCCGCACCACCAUGUUCCGUAUCCCAGAGUUCAAGUGGUCGCCCAUGCACCAGCGCCUGCUCACAGACCUGCUCUUCGCCCUCGAGACGGAUGUGCACGUCUGGAGGAGCCACUCCACCAAGUCGGUGAUGGACUUUGUGAACAGCAACGAGAACAUCAUCUUUGUGCACAACACCAUCCACCUGAUCUCCCAGAUGGUGGACAACAUCAUCAUCGCCUGUGGGGGCAUUCUUCCUCUGCUCUCUGCUGCAACCUCGCCGUCUAGCACCAAGGGGGAGGUGGAGGGGGUGGAGGUGACACAGGGCAUGUGUGCGGAGAUGGCCGUCACCUUCCUCACGCGCCUCAUGUCCAUGGUGGACGCCCUCGUCUUCGCCAGCUCCCUCAACUUCAGCGAGAUCGAGGCCGAGAAGAACAUGUCAUCCGGAGGACUCAUGAGGCAAUGCCUCAGGCUGGUGUGCUGUGUGGCAGUGAGGAGUUGCCUGGAGUGUAGGCAGAGGGAGAGGGAGAGAGAGAGGGAGAGAGAAAGGGGAUACAGGCUCUCCCUCCCCAACAACAGGACCCACGAAAGCCUGCAGAGCCUCCUGUCAACUGCCAGCGCAAAGUCGGCCAUAGAGAGCGUCCCUAGUCCCCUGUCCCCCAUCAAGGACCCCGACCGUCUCCUGCAAGACGUAGACAUCAACCGACUACGGGCAGUGGUCUUCAGAGAUGUGGACGACAGUAAGCAGGCUCAGUUCCUGGCUCUGGCCGUGGUCUACUUCAUCUCUGUGCUCAUGGUCUCCAAGUACCGGGACAUCCUGGAGCCUCAGCGGGAGACUGCCAGGACUCUCGGCCAAUCAGGGAGGAGCAUUCGACAGGAAAUCAACUCUCCCACCAGUACAGACAACCCUGUGGGCUUCCCGGACGCAGCCGGCAUGCCUGUAGCCAGCCCCAUGGAAGAGCUCCCCCUAGAGGCCUGCCUGCCACACACCGACUCUGGCAUCGGGGACGAGCAGGGCCCCAUGGGGGUCCUCAACGGGGCCGACCUCGAUGUGGGGGGCCCCCCAAACGCCGGUCUUGGGGGCCCAGGCUUGGGCCCGGGUCGCACCCCGACGCUACCGCACCCCGGCGUCAUGAGCGAGCUGCUCUGCACCCUCUCCUCUGAGGUCAAGAGGUCACAGGAGAGCCUGUUGUCUGAGUCUGCUGCCUCCAUGGGUUCCAUGGGCUCAGUGGGCGGCCUGAUUGGCGGCGUCGAGGUCAUAAAGCCCGCCUCCUCCAUCUCCAGCAUCAGUCACCACGGCAACAAGGGCAUCAACGUCAAGGAGAUCCUGAAGAGCCUGGUGGCUGCGCCGGUGGGCGGGGCGGAGGCGGGGCCAGAGCAGCCUCUGACCUAUCAGGCGGACACAGCAAUCAAGAGGGAGGCCCACCCCAUGAUGCCCAUGCAGUUCCACUCCUUUGACAGGAGUGUGGUGGUGCCGGUAAAGAAGCCUCCUCCAGGCAGCCUGGCGGUGAACACGGUUGGCUGUGGUUCCAGAGAGGUGCUAGCGGCCGGUAGCACCCCCAACAUCUUCGCUGCUGCCUCCGCAUCCGCUACCCCCAAAAGCAUGAUUAACACCACAGGACGCUGGAGCCUGGGGCGAAGCCUGAAACACUGGGGCGCCUCAUGUGUUGUCCGUGCACACCCAGGGAAAUCAAACGCCGUCUGCGUGGCCAUGGUGGUGGCAUCGGUCUCCAUCAGCGUCUGUGGACGUCUUCUCCUCAUCCAGCCUGACCUUACUCUGUCAGCCGGUGUCGUCGGAGAGAACAACAGGGUCUCAAGGGAGCUUCAGCCUCCACUGUUCUCCGUUGGCAACAGGAAGCCAUACCAGCAGCAUCAGUGGUUCCACCACCGUGAAACCGCCCUUCCGACCGGCUCCGGGCGUCACCACUCGCCACCUCAGGCUGGGCUGACGCUGGCACUGGUGUUGGUACCGGGACGCUUGGCACUGGUGUUGGUACCACCAUUGGGUGCUCGUUGUUGUAGAGAGGGCUGCUCGUGCCGCCUCUGCCCUGGGCCCCCUCGUCCACCAGGGGGCUGCAUAGGUUCCGCCUGGAGCAGGGCUUGCCCUCGCUGGCCGUUUGCUCAUGAGGGUAGAUCGCCAGGCUGGGCCUGGCGGUUUGGGGAGGUCCCCCGCGGGGCUGCCGGGCGAGGAGCCAGGAGGGAGAAUUUCCUACCAUCUUUAAAACGGGGCCAGUUCUCAGGGUUGGACCUCCAGAGCCUUCAGCAGCAGCAGCUCAAAUGUCUGGUGUGUAUGAAGUCCAGCACAUCCGUGGUGGAGCUGGUCAUGCUGCUCUGUUCACAGGAGUGGCAGAACUCCAUCCAGAAGAAUGCUGGCUUGGCCUUCAUCGAACUUAUCAACGAGGGGAGGUUGCUGUGCCAUGCCAUGAAGGACCACAUUGUGCGCGUGGCCAACGAGGCCGAGUUCAUCCUGAAUCGCCAGAGAGCCGAGGAUGUCCACAAACACGCAGAGUUCGAGUCCAACUGUGCCCAGUAUGCUGCGGACAGGAAGGACGAAGAGAAGAUGUGUGACCACCUGAUUGGUGCAGCCAAACACCGGGACCAUGUGACAGCCAAUCAGCUGAAGCAGAAGAUCCUCAACAUUCUGACCAAUAAACACGGAGCCUGGGGGGCACUUGCACAAAGUCAGCUGCAUGAUUUCUGGCGUCUUGAUUAUUGGGAGGACGACCUGCGAAGGAGGCGGAGAUUCGUACGGAAUGCAUUUGGCUCCACCCACCUCGACAUCUCCUGCAAAUCACUGGAGGACUAUGGUUCGGAGGAGGAAGACCAGGAUGGUGUGAAGGCCAAAAAAGGUUUCCGCAGCCAGGCGGUGGUCAACCAGAACCCAGAAGCAGAGCUCACGUUGGAGGGAGACGAGGACGCCGCCAGCCUGCUGCAGGAGAAGGAGAUUGACAACCUCGCCGGCCCCGUGGUCCUCAGCACCCCUGCUCAACUCGUUGCCCCGGUGAUCGUGGCUCGAGGGACACUCUCCAUCACUACCACUGAGAUCUAUUUUGAGGUUGACGAGGAUGACCCCGCCUUCAAACGGAUCGACUCCAAAGUGCUGGCCUAUUCGGAGGGUCUGCAUGGUAAGUGGAUGUUCAGUGAGAUCCGGGCGGUCUUCUCCAGGCGCUUUCUGCUGCAGAACACGGCCAUGGAGGUCUUCAUGGCUAACAGGACCUCGGUCAUGUUCAACUUUCCGGACCAGGCCACCGUGAAGAGGGUGGUGUACAGUUUACCCCGCGUCGGUGUGGGAACCAGCUACGGGCUGCCGCAAGCAAGGCGGAUCUCGUUAGCGACCCCGAGGCAGCUCUUCAAGUCGUCCAAUAUGACGCAGCGGUGGCAGCGGCGGGAGAUUUCCAACUUCGAGUACCUCAUGUUCCUCAACACCAUCGCCGGGAGGACCUACAAUGACUUGAAUCAGUACCCCGUCUUCCCCUGGGUCCUCACUAACUACGACUCUGAGGAACUGGACCUCACUCUUCCUGCAAACUUCAGGGAUCUGUCAAAGCCAAUCGGAGCGCUGAACCCCAAGCGCGCGGUGUUCUAUGCUGACCGCUAUGAUUCCUGGGAGGAGGAGCAGGUUCCACCUUGCCACUACAACACACACUACUCUAGUGCCACAGCUACACUCUACUGGCUCAUACGGAUAGAGCCCUUCACCACGUUCUUCCUGAACGCCAAUGGCAACAAGUUCGACCACCCCGACCGCACCUUCUCCUCCAUCAGGCGCUCCUGGAGGAACUGCCAACGAGACACCUCCGACGUCAAGGAGCUGAUUCCCGAAUUCUACUACCUGCCGGAGAUGUUUGUGAACAGUAAUGGCUACCACCUUGGGGAGCGGAGCGACGGGACGGCCGUGUGCGGCGUGGAGCUGCCACCCUGGGCCAACAAGCCAGAGGACUUCGUACGCAUCAGCAGAAUGGCGCUGGAGAGUGAGUUUGUGUCGUGUCAGCUGCACCAGUGGAUCGACCUGAUCUUCGGAUACAAGCAGCGGGGCCCGGAGGCCGUCAGGGCCCUCAACCUCUUCCACUACGUCACCUACGAGGGCUCCAUCACACUAGACGCCAUCCCAGACCCCAUGCUACGCGAGGCUAUGGAGGUCCAGAUCCAGUCUUUUGGCCAGACCCCCUCUCAGCUGCUUAUUGAGCCCCAUCCUCCACGCAGCUCCGCCAUGCACCUGUGUUUCCUUCCCCAGAGUCCGCUGAUGUUUAAGGACCAGAUGCAGCAGGAUGUGAUCAUGGUGCUCAAGUUCCCCUCCAACUCCCCUGUGACGCACGUGGCGGCCAACACGCUUCCCCACCUCGCCAUGCCCGCCGCCGUCACCGUCACCUGCAGCCGACUCUUCGCAGUCAACCGGUGGCACAACACUGUCGGUCUUCGAGGGGCCCCUGGCUACUCCCUUGAGCAGGCUCAUCACCUCCCCAUAGAGAUGGACGCCCUCAUUGCCAACAACUCGGGUGUGAACAAGAGGCAGAUCACCGACCUGGUGGACCAGAGCAUCCAGAUCAACUCCCACUGCUUCGUGGUAACUGCCGACAACCGCUACAUCCUGGUCUGUGGCUUCUGGGACAAGAGCUUCAGGGUCUACUCUUCAGAAACAGGCAAGCUGACCCAGAUCGUGUUUGGGCAUUGGGAUGUGGUGACGUGUCUGGCCCGUUCUGAGUCCUACAUCGGGGGAGACUGCUACAUCGUCUCAGGCUCCAGGGACGCCACGCUGCUGCUCUGGUACUGGAGCGGACGACACCACAUCAUCGGAGACAACCCCAACAACAGUGACUACCCAGCUCCCCGAGCGGUCUUAACAGGUCAUGACCAGGAGGUGGUGUGUGUCUCGGUGUGUGCAGAGCUGGGCCUUGUCAUCAGUGGAGCCAGAGAGGGCCCGUGCCUGGUGCACACUAUCACGGGUGACCUGUUGAGGGCGCUCGAGGGCCCUGAGCUGUGCCUGCUGCCGCGCCUCAUCUGCGUCUCCAGCGAGGGCCACUGCAUCAUCUACUAUGACAGGGGACGCUUCUGCAACUUCAGCAUCAACGGAAAACUACUGGCACACAUGGACCUCAACGACUCCACACGGGCCAUCCUAUUGAGCAGUGAUGGGCAGAACCUGGUGACGGGCGGUGACAGUGGAGUGGUGGAGGUGUGGCAGGCCUGUGACUUCAAGCAGCUCUACGUCUACCCCGGCUGCGACGCCGGCAUCAGGGCUAUGGACCUGUCUCACGACCAGAGGACUCUGAUCACUGGCAUGGCAUCUGGGAGCAUCGUGGCGUUCAACAUCGACUUCAACCGCUGGCACUACGAGCACCAGAACCGCUACUGA